GGAGAGAAGAAGAAGCCUAAAUCUCCUUCCAACACAGGUAAGGAUGCCUGUCGAGAGAAUGCGGAUGCGCCCAUGGCUGGAAGAGCAAAUCAAUUCCAACACGAUACCAGGGCUGAAAUGGCUAAAUAAGGAGAAGAAGAUUUUUCAGAUUCCCUGGAUGCAUGCUGCAAGACAUGGGUGGGACGUUGAAAAAGAUGCUCCUUUAUUUAGAAACUGGGCAAUUCACACAGGAAAAUACCAGUCAGGAGUAGACAAGCCUGAUCCAAAAACAUGGAAGGCAAAUUUCCGCUGUGCUAUGAACUCCUUGCCUGACAUAGAAGAAGUGAAGGACAAGAGUAUAAAGAAAGGAAACAAUGCCUUCAGGGUGUACCGGAUGCUGCCACUGUCCGAGAGACCGUCCAAAAAAGGCAAAAAAACAAAGCCUGAGAAGGAUGACAAAUUCAAACAAAUUAAGCAAGAGCCAGUUGAAUCAUCUUUUGGGAUUAAUGGGCUCAAUGAUGUCACUUCUGACUAUUUCCUGUCCUCCAGUAUAAAAAAUGAAGUUGACAGUACAGUGAACAUUGUAGUUGUAGGACAGCCGCACUUUGAUGGCAGCAGCGAGGAGCAGAUGAUAGUUACCAACCCCCCUGAUGUUUGCCAGGUGGUAGAGGUGACAACAGAAAGUGAUGAACAACCCCUCAGCAUGAGCCAGCUCUACCCCCUACAGAUCUCCCCUGUCUCGUCCUAUGCAGAAAGUGAAACGACUGACAGCGUUCCAAGCGAUGAAGAAAACACAGAGGGACGACUUCAUUGGCAGAAGAAAAACAUUGAAGGCAAACAGUAUCUGAGCAAUCUGGGAAUGAGGAACACUUCUCAUAUGCUUCCCAGCAUGGCUACUUUUGUGGCCAACAAGCCUGACCUCCAGGUCACCAUCAAAGAAGAAAGCUGCCCACUGCCUUACAACAGCUCCUGGCCCCCUUUCCCAGACCUCCCCCUGUCACAAGUUGUGUCCACAGCCUCCACCAGCAGCAGCCGACCGGACCGCGAGACACGGGCCAGUGUCAUCAAGAAGACGUCAGACAUCACCCAGUCGAGAGUCAAGAGCUGCUAAGCCUUUGGCCGUGUGUUUUUUUAGCUUUGUUUGGUUUUGUAUUUUAUGUUUCUCUAGGAGAGGUUCAUCCCUUGACGCACAUUACACAAAUCUAAGGUGAAGCCUUGGCAAUACAGAACAUUGCUGUGUCCGACUCCGGUGCCGGAGUGUUUUAACUCAGGACUCCAGCCGUCAGUACGUACACCCAAACCCCGAUGGGCUUCCAAGGUUACAACGUAGGAAACAAAACAAGGACUUUGGCCCACUUGCAGGUUCCAGUGCUUCAUGAGAGGACCAACUGACCACAAGGGAAGUGGUGCUGCUGCGCUUCUUGCUGUCAAGGCUCUGAUGGAACUGAAAGCCUCAGAAUGGAAGAGAAAAUGUGAACUAGCUGGAAUAUUUUUAAAUAAAAAAAAAUCUAUUGUGAAUAUUGUACAUAGUGCAGUACUAGCAACGUUGCAGUCUGCUUCUGCACCUUAUUAAGAAAGCACUUACGAAAAGCCUUUUAUUACCUUGCUCUAAUUAAUGGCACAUUGAAGGUCCCUCCCCACCUGUGUUCUUUUCCAAGGCUAUUCUUGCUAAAGUGUCUUUAAAGAAUAGAGGAAAGGAAAAGAAGGCAGAACUUCCCAUGUGGAUUGCAUACAUUUUAAGACUGCUUUUCUCAUGUUUGUUUCUAAUCUGCUAUGCUUGAAUGCCGCGUGGUACAAUAGGAAGAAAAAAAAAACUAUUACAGAGAUAUUAUGCAAAUUCCCAGAUUUAAAAAAGAAGAAGAAAAAUACUCUAAUUCUAACCAGAGCAAGCUUUUUUAUUUUUUAUACAGGGGAAUAUUUUAUUCAAAGUAAAAUUCUAAAGUGAAUAUAAUUUUUUUUAAUCUUUUCUACAGCAAAUUUAUAAUUUUAAGAUUCAGUCCUUGGUUAUCAGCAGUUAUUACAUCCUUGUGGCACAUUUUUUUUUUAAUUUUGUAAAGGUGAAAUAGCUUUUAUGAGCUCAUGUAGCAAUCAGAUUAUCCUGUGGAUUGAUAAUAAAUAUGGUAUAUAGUUA